AUUAUUAAAUUUUAUGGAAUAACUCAAGAACCAGAAACAAAAAAUUAUGGGAUGGUUUUGGAUUAUGCAGAAAAUGGAAGUUUGAGAAAUUUUUUAAAUAUGAAUCAAUGUAAAUUAGAUUGGUAUGAUAAAUUUAAAUAUUUAUGGAUUAUUGCAUAUGGACUUAGUUUUAUUCAUCGAAAUGAAUUAAUUCAUCGAGAUUUACAUAUUGGAAAUAUACUUCAUACGGGUAAUGAUGUUAAAAUAACUGACGUAGGAUUAUGUAAACCUGCGGAUUAUUUCGUAUCAGAAAAUACAAGAGACAAAAUAUAUGGUAAUUUACCCUAUGUAGCUCCUGAAAUUUUACGAGGAAAAAAUUAUACCAAAGCUGCAGAUAUUUAUAGUUUUGGAAUAGUUAUGUAUGAAGUAAUUUCCGAAUUAUCUCCAUAUCAUGAUUUAAGUCAUGAAGGAAAUUUAGCUAUAAAAAUUUGUCAAGGACUUAGACCAAGAUUUAAUAUUAAAGUACCCGAAUUAAUUAUACAUUUAAUUAAAAGAUGCUUAGAUGCAAAUCCAUCAGAACGACCAACAGCAUAUGAAAUUUACAAAAUUUUACGCAGUUGGUGUGAUAAUCGUGUAACAGAAAUACAAAAACAGAUUAAAGAAUCAGAAGAAAUAAAUAAGUUAGCAACUGACGGGAUGUCUUCAACCAGCUUAGGAUUUUUACAUGAAACAAAUUCUGAAGCAAUCUAUACAAGUAGAUUACUUAGUUUUGAUAAUCUUCCUAAGGCGAAAAAUUCCGAAGCAAUUUAUACAAGUAGAUUGCUUAGUUUUGAUAAUCUUCCCAAGGCCAAAAAUUCUGAUGAUUAUUAUAAAUACAAGGAUAACAUAAUUAGCGUCGAAUUUUCAGCAUCGUUAUCUCAACAAAUUGAUGUUUCUCGAUUGGACAUUAAUGAUAGUAAUCUUCCUGAACCAAAACAUUCUGAUUACGAACAAAAUAAUGACAUUAUAAGCAUGGAAUAUUCAGAAACCUUACAAAUUGAUAUUUCUCAAUUGAAUAUCAAUGAAGAUGGUGAAUUAUAAAUUAUAAAAUUAUAUGAUCACAAUCU